CCCCGAGUGGCAGCUCUGGGCUGGGAACGCGGCGGGGUCGGCCUCUCGGCUUCGCGUUCCCGUCCCGGGUCCCGGGCGCCACAGGAGCCGGCCCUGCAGCGCAAAGCCGCGCGCGUCCACCCGCCCCACGCUCGCAGCCUCGCAGCCUCCAGGGGACACGUCAUGACUCUGGAGGGUCUGUGUUUGGCAAGGGGCCCACUGGCCCGGCUCCUGCUGGCCUGCUCAGCCCUGUCAUGCAUGGCAGGUGGCCAAGGCCGCUGGGAUGGGGCCUCAGAGGCUUCAGGUCCUGGACGUGUGCGGAGGCGGGGCAGCCCGGGCAUCUUGCAGGGGCCGAAUGUGUGUGGCUCCCGUUUCCACGCCUACUGCUGUCCCGGCUGGAGGACAUUCCCUGGCAGGAGCCAGUGUGUCGUGCCCAUCUGUAGGCACACCUGCCAUGAGGGAUUCUGCUCCCAGCCCAACCUGUGCACCUGUGCGGAUGGGACGCUGGCUCCCAGCUGCGGGGUGAGCCUAGGGUUAGGGUGCAGUGUGAGCUGUAUGAAUGGGGGCACCUGCCGUGGGGCAUCCUGUCUGUGUCAGAGGGGCUACACGGGCACCGUGUGUGGUCAGCCCAUCUGUGACCGUGGAUGCCACAACAGGGGUCGCUGCAUUGGCCCCAACCACUGUGCCUGUGUGUACGGCUUCAUGGGACCUCAGUGUGAAAGAGAUUAUCGGAUGGGACCCUGCUUUGGCCGAGUGGGCCCCGAGGGGUGUCAGCAUCAGCUGACGAGCCUCGUGUGCACCAAGGCACUUUGCUGUGCCACUGUGGGCCGUGCCUGGGGCCUUCCAUGUGAACUUUGCCCUGCACAGCCACACCCCUGCCGCCGCGGCUUCAUCCCCAAUAUCCACACAGGGGCCUGCCAAGAUGUGGAUGAGUGCCAGGCUGUGCCAGGCCUGUGCCAGGGAGGCAGCUGCAUGAACACGGUGGGCUCCUUCCAUUGCCGCUGUCCCGCUGGACACCGGCUCAGUGACAGCAGCGCUGCAUGUGAAGACCAGCGGGUCGGCACCUGCUUCUCCGUGCUUUUUGGGGGCCGCUGUGCCGGAGAUCUCACCGGCUACUACACUCACAGGCAGUGUUGCUGCGACAAGGGCAGGUGCUGGGUGGCUGGCCCAACCCCUGAGCUGUGUCCUCCUCAGGGUUCCAAUGAGUUCCAGCAACUGUGCACCCCAGCGCUGCCGCUGCUACCUGGCCACCCUGGCCUCUUCCCUGGCCUCCUGGGUUUCAGAUCCAAUGGCAUGGGUCCCGCCCUUGGGCCAGCGCGACUCAACCCUCAUGGCUCCAAUGGGCGUGGGGUCCCCAGCCUGGGCCCUGGCAACUCUAAUAUUGCAGGCACUGCUACCCUGAACCAGACCACUGAUAUCUGCCGACACUUCACCAAUCUGUGUCUGAAUGGCCGCUGCCUGCCCACGCCUUCCAGCUACCGCUGCGAGUGUAACGUGGGUUACAUCCAGGACGUGCGUGGCGAGUGCAUAGAUGUAGACGAAUGCACCAGCAGCCCCUGCCACCACGGUGACUGCGUCAACAUCCCUGGCACCUACCACUGCCGGUGCCACCCGGGCUUCCAGGCCACACUCACCAGGCAGGCAUGCGUGGAUGUGGAUGAGUGCAUUGUCAGUGGUGGCCUUUGUCACCUGGGCCGCUGUGUCAACACGGAGGGCAGCUUCCAGUGUGUCUGCAACGCAGGCUUUGAGCUCAGCCCUGAUGGCAAGAACUGUGUGGAUGAGUUGAGGAUGGGAGGAUAGGCAGGGGCUUCUGGGCCCCAUUGCUGCCUUUUUCAGCCACCUCAAAUCUUCACUAUCCUGGUCAGGUGCGGUGGCUCACGCCUGUAAUCCCAGCACUUUGGGAGGCCAAGGCGGGUGGAUCAUCAGAGGUCAGGAGUUUGAGACCAGCCUGGUCAACAUGGUGAAACCCUGUCUUUACUCAAAAUACGAAAAUUAGCUGGGCAUGGUGGUACGCACCUAUAAUCCCAGCUACUUGGGAGGCUGAGGCAGGAGAAUUACUUGAACCUGGGAGGAGGUGGA